UGGAUCCGGCCGACAAUUUCGUCGAAGCUCCUGCUGCAACAUCGUCGCGACGUCUUGGCCAAUACCUUUUUCUUGCGCCUCCACGUACACCUUCGCGUCCACAUCUCAGCCGACGCUCCCUCGCUGUCAUCAAUAUGGCUGCUACCACUAACGGUGAUGCGACGGCGAUUUUAGAUGAGAUAAAACCCCCCCAGGGCCUUGUUUUGCCCCCAAGGGAAUUUCGGAACAUCCUCGAGAAGACCGCCGGGUACGUCGCUAGAAACGGGAUCGCCUUUGAAGAUCGCAUCCGAGAAAAAGAAAAGCACAAUGCCAUAUUCAGUUUCCUCAGCAAUGCCGACCCCUACAACCCCUAUUAUCUGUGGAGGCUGAGCGAGAUUAAGGAGGGUCGCGGCACCGCCGUCGCCGCUGGCCGGGCCGGCGAAGCUGCCGCUAGUGUCGAGGAGAAGCCCGCAGGCCCUCCCAAGCCUCCGGACUUCCAAUUCUCCGCGCGUAUGCCCAACAUCAGCGCCCAGGAUCUCGAGGUUGUGAAACUGACUGCGCUGUUUGUUGCAAAGAAUGGCAGGCAGUUCAUGACCGCGCUCUCCCAAAAGGAGACUGGCAACUACCAGUUUGACUUCCUCAGACCGAAUCAUAGUCUUCACAAUUUCUUCCAGCACCUCAUCGACCAAUACUCCAUGCUCCUGCGAGCUGGCGGCCUCGACGGCGAAGGGGGCAGGGUUCAGCAAGAGCGGGUCGCCGAGCUCCAGCGGAACGUCGAUGACAAGUACCACAUAUUGAAUCGCGCUAAGCAGAGGGCCGAGUGGCUAAAGCACCAGGAGGACGAGAAGCAGAAGAAGGGAGAAGAGGAAGAGAAGGAGAGGUUGUCGUACGCUCAGAUCGAUUGGCAUGACUUUGUCGUCGUCGAGACGGUCGUCUUCACUGAAGCCGAUGACCAGGCAAACCUGCCUCCGCCGACCUCCCUGUCUGACCUACAAUACGCCUCCCUCGAGCAGAAAGCUAGGGUAUCCGUCAGUGCUAAUCUGCGUAUUGAGGAAGCUAUGCCUACGGACGAUGACAACGCCUACAACGCCUACCCGCCACAGCCCAAUUAUAACCUCCCACAUCACCCGGUGCAGCCAAUACCGCACGUUCCCGGAGCACAACCGCUUCCGUCUGCGCCAGCUCCCGCCCAAAGUGCGUAUCAUAUGGCCCCGCCGCCGCCACGCCCGAACGGCACCCAAGAGGACGAGGAGGCGCAGCGGAUACGGGAACGGGAGGAAGCUCGAUUGCGUAUGCAACACGCCCAGGCUGAGGCGAAGGGCGGUGCCGCCCCGAUGAAGAUCAAGGAGAACUACGUGCCCCGCGCCGCUGCCCGAGCCGCCAAUCGGCAGGGGACCCAGAUGGCUCUCUGUCCCAAUUGCAACCAGCAGAUUCCUAUGAACGAGCUAGAGGCUCACAUGAGGAUCGAGCUGUUGGAUCCCCAGUGGAAGGAGCAAAAAGCGAAGGCCGAGUCGCGUUACGCGACUACCAAUUUGUCGCAUGCCGAUGUGGCCAACAACCUGAAGCGAUUUGCCAGCCAACGCGGCGACCUGUUCGACGGCGUCACGGGGCAGCCCAUUACGGAGGAGGAGAUGGCGAGAAGGAAACGGGCUGCUAUGAACAGCUUCGACGGCAAUCCUGACGGCAGGAGCCAAGCACACCUCAACCAUAUGCAGAGCGUCAACGUCGACGAACAGAUCGCGCGGAUCCACCAGCGAUUUGCCAAGGACGGCCAGCAGGGCCACUGAGACCAGGCGGUCCGGGAAUCUUCACCCGUCCCAAAAAAAAAAAAGCAUGUAUUGUAUGGAGGAAAUGGCCGGCGCGCGGAAUCACACAAAGUACUACGGAGGGGGGGAAUGGGGGGAGGGAGGAUCUCGCUGACGGGCGGAGCGCCUUGAACCACGAUGACAUCCCCCCUCCCCCCCCUCCUACCCGCAGGGUCCAUUCCGCGACGACGGGAAGCUAUCCCUCGUGCGGAGGAGUCCUGCGCAAGGCGAUGAUGCAUCUCGGUCGGAACAUUACACAGCUCUGUCUGCACCCGCGGUUGAACUUUGUAUAGUGGCCCCGCUCCCUCCCCCCAAAACUGUCCCGAGUGCUGUCGUGCCCAUCGUUAUCCUCCGCGGCGAGGUGAUCCUCCCCCGCUGUGUCGGCGUGUAGCUGUAGGUAGCGUCUAGCGCGUGCGUUCCGGCCGCCGACUGCUGCCGCCUCGAGAGACCGCGGCGGGGCGGGGAUGCAACCAAGCGUGUUUUUUGGUCCAUCUGCAUAUGUACGUGUUCGCACGCAGCGUUCGUAUACCCAUAGAAGGCGGAAUAUCGACGCAUGGGCGUUUCUUGCUGUAAUACAUGUAUAUAUAUGUGUGUGUAGCUCUCCGGUAGUCAUGAUCAUAUCAGGAUACAAAUA